CCCAUUGCCAUGGAAACCAUCUGACAUUGCCGGCUAACGCCACUGUCACCGUCACGAGUCAGACAAGUUGAACUUUCCGGUUGUGUCGAGGCGAAAAAAUGGCAGCGCAAGCGUCCAACCUGCCAAGAAGUGCGCACAAAAUCAAAAAGUUGGUGCCCCUUUUCAACCGCAUUCUGGUAAAGCGGGCGGAGCCCCUGAAGGAGUCCAAAGGCGGCAUCGUGCUGCCCGAGGCCAAAACGGCCAAGUCCUUGAAAGGUACGGUGGUGGCGGUCGGGCCGGGUACCAGAACGGAGAAGGGGGUGCCAGUUCCCAUGACGAUCAAGGUGGGGGACGAGGUUAUGUUGCCCGACUACGGGGGAACCCGCGUGGAGAUGGACGAGCAGACCUACUUCCUGUUCAGGGAAUCGGAAAUCCUGGCCAGAUACACCGAUUAAUUGGUGGGAUUUUGAAGUUUGUUGGUUGAAAAUCGUUUGAAUAAAUGUGACAUUUUCCCAGUUAA